UGAUGAAGCCCUAUGGCCGUCGUAACAUGGACCAACAGCAGAAGAUCUUCAACUACAGGCUGUCCAGGGCAAGGCGUGUGGUUGAAAAUGCCUUUGGUAUUCUGGCUCUGCGGUUCCAGUGCUUCCUUGGCCAAAUGAGACAGGAACCAGACACAGUCCGCCUGCUCAUUGGAGCUGCCGUCAUGCUGCACAACCUCAUCAGGAAGCACUAUCAGGCACUGGACGUCCGCAUGUUGGACCAGGAGGAUGCCCAGCACAACCUCAUCCCUAGAGCUUGGAGAACUGCCGCCAUCACUGUGAGAAAGUCCUGCGAUGCCGCCCUGCUCUAGGACGUCCCAUGCCUGAUAGUGCUUCCUGAUGAGGUUGUGCAGCAUGACGGCAGCUUCAAUGAGCAAGCGGACUGUGUCUGGUUCCUGUCUCAUCUGGCCAAGGAAGCACUGGAACCGCAGAGCCAGAAUACCAAAGGCAUUUUCAACCACACGCCUUGCCCUGGACAGCCUGUAGUUGAAGAUCUUCUGCUGUUGGUCCAUGUUACGACGGCCAUAAGGCUUCAUCAUGUAUGUCCUCAUGACGAAGGCAUAGUCUCCCACGAAGAAGUACGGCAUAGGGUGCUCUUCAUCAUCAUGGGGAAGAGGAGCUGGAUCUGGGAUGCCUAAAGUGCCAGCUUCAAUGCACUCCUUCAGUUCACUGUUGUUGUAGA